CUAAUUAACAUUUUUUCUUGUCUACAUGCUGUACUAUGUGGGCGGCUGCGCAUGACACCUAGCGCUCUAAUAAUUUGUCCUUGAUUGCACAGAGAACAGAUGAGAAGUGUGGAAUCUCUCAGCUGUGAUUUUCUGCAAGAUAUGAGUCUUAACCUCUGCAGUGACUAUAAAACAGCGGUGUGUAAUAUCACUCUUUAUUUUCCGCAAACCGUCACCAAGUGCAAGAGUCAUCUAAUCUUCACCAUGGAUCCAAGAAAAACAAAGAACCGCUUUCCGUUCAUCCCUCCAACGCCUGGCUACCCUCCAACCUCCAUCCCCGGCUACAAUGGACAGUCCAGCACCACUAUACCUGUGCAGUCUCAGUCCAUUUUGCCUCCCGUGGAAAAAGAUGCUGCUCUGCAGCCAGUACCAGCCCUGCCCCCUCCACCACUGGCACCAGCUUUAUAUACACCACCCACGCCCAUCGGUGUGGAAAGAAACGAAGCUGCUGCACACUUCAGGCUACCUCCUACUCCAAACUCUGAUGAGAGCAGCCCUUCUAGAUCUCCUGUCGGUAGGACCAAUGGCAGUGCUGUCUCUAUCAAGGAUCCUCUCUACUCCAAGAAUGGUAUCUCCGCCACUCUCCUUGACGCAGAAAUGUGGAACAACUUCUACAAUGUUGGAAAUGAGAUGAUUGUCACUAAGCCUGGAAGACGUAUUUACCCUCCGCUCGUUGUGAGUAUUCGAGGACUGAAUGCAAAGAUAGACUAUACUGUCUCUCUGAGGAUGACUUGUAUGGAUACGCAUCGCAACAAGUUUGUGAAUAUGCAAUGGGUGGCUGUGGGAGAAUCAGAGGUAGCGCAAGACGAAACGAGGCAGAUCUACAUCCACCCCAACAGCCCAAAGUCUGGCAGUUUAUGGAUGAGGAAGCCCAUCAGCUUCAAAACGUGCAAAAUCACUCAUCACCCGCGCUCAAAGGGUGGACACAUUCUUCUCCAUACGAUGCACAAAUAUGUGAUGGAAAUAGUUUUGACCCGGAUCGAAUCACUUAGGCCCAGAGAGAUAGCCACUAUUCGGCUAAAUCCUACAAAAUUUGUAGCUGUCACAGCCUAUCAGAACACGACCCUCACACAGCUCAAAAUAGACAACAACCCGUUUGCGAAGGGAUUUCGGGACCGCAACAUUUUUCCUGUGACCCCCUACCCCAUGUUCUCACCAUCGUACACAGGAGUGGUUCCCAAUUGGGACCACUCUAUACCAAUGCCAGGUCUACCCGGUGUACAGUCACAAAAUCUUGCAGCCUCCUCCAUUUUGUCCGGUCCCAGCAAUCUCUCCCACAUCCCCACUGACUAUCCCAGACUACCAGCUGCGGGCUACAUCAGCAGGCCACCGGCACUCUCCCCACACUUAAGCAUUGGCGUCAGACGACCACCAACAAUGGAUUUCAACAGACCACCCGCAGCUCUCCCAUCAAUGCAAAUCAACAGUCCACCUGCAGCUCUCCCAUCACUGGAUUACAGCAGAUCACCCGCAGAUCUCCCAUCACUGGAUUACAGCAGACCACCUGCAGCUCUCCCAUCACUGGAUUACAGCAGACCACCCGCAGAUCUCCCAUCACUGGAUUACAGCAGACCACCCGCAGCUCUCCCAUCACUGGAUUACAGCAGACCACCCGCAGAUCUCCCAUCACUGGAUUACAGCAGACCACCUGCAGCUCUCCCAUCACUGGAUUACAGCAGACCACCCGCAGAUCUCCCAUCACUGGAUUACAGCAGACCACCUGCAGCUCUCCCAUCACUGGAUUACAGCAGACCACCUGCAGCUCUCCCAUCACUGGAUUACAGCAGACCUGUACUCCCACCAAUAAACUACAACAGACCCGUACUCCCACCAAUAAACUACAACAGACCCGUACUCCCAUCAAUAAACUACAACAGACAAUAUGCAGGCCUAGGGCGCUCACCACUGGACUUCAACAGACAGGAUGCAGGGCUCCCAUCCAUGGACUUCAACAGACAUCUAAUGAACUUCAACAGACAAUAUGUAGGACUCACAGGGCCACCAAUGAACUACAACGGACCUCCCCUCCCCUACCCCAGGCCACCACCUCUCAGUCAUCAGCCCGAAGAAGAAGAAGAGGAAGAAGACCCGAAUUACAUGGAGUGA